CUUGUUUUUUAUCUCUUUUCUUGUCUUGUCUUUGUUUCUGACAACAUGUUUAAUAGACAAUGGAUAUGGAAAAGAAGAAGCAGUAGCAACGAAAACGUACGUCGAAAAGAUAAUAUAUAUGAAGAAACAGUUCGUCGAUCAUCUCGGACACUCUCUACCAUAUCCAGCGGUCAUAAAAUGCAACGGACCGAAUCAACAGUAAAAUUAAGAAGGAUUCAAAGUAGCGGACGCCGAGUAUUUGUCAAUCUACCAUUACCGGAAUUUGCUCUCACGUCAAAAGGACGAGCAAAAGAGACAUAUGCUUCAAACAAGAUUAGAACAUCAAAAUAUACAAUCAUCACAUUUGUUCCAAAGAACCUAUUUGAACAGUUUCGAAGACCUGCCAACCUGUACUUUCUGGGAAUGGCUGUUAUUCAGCUACUGCCUCUGUUUGGUGUCAAAUCUCCUGCUUUGACUUUACUUCCUAUCUGUGCAGUGGUCUUUAUAACAGCACUAAAGGAUGCUAUUGAAGAUUAUCAACGACAUAAAGUAGACGCGCGAUAUAAUCAAAAUAUUACACAUACACUUAUCGGAUAUAACAAUACAAAUUACCCAGGAACCUCAGCCAAGAGUAACCCUGUAGUCUCAUUGUUCUCAUGUUUUUCUGGUCACAAGCUUACAAAAAAAGAAUCACACGACACGAUCAGCCAGGAGAGCAACCAUGAUGUGUCAAUUACGACAGAUACAUCCAACGCUCAAAGUAACCAUAGUGACAACCUUGGAACAUUUCAUCCAUCUUUGGCAAUGAAUGCACGUGUAGGUGACUUUAUUCUACUGCGGAAUGGAGACAGUGUCCCUGCAGAUGCAGUGUUACUGUCAACGUCUGAUAAAGAAGGUGUGUGUUAUGUUGAGACCAAAGAUUUGGAUGGAGAAACAAACUUGAAACCGCGCAAUAGUGUGGCUGAAUUUAAGCAUAUUCAAUCAGGCACAGAUUGUUUAAACGAAUGCCACUUUUAUGUCGAAGCAGACGCUCCUUCUCCAGACCUUUAUAAAUUUGAUGGUACACUAGUCACUUUGGAAAAAAGCGAGUCUACAGAUAAAUGGGUUGAAAAGAACAAGACACCACUCGAUAUUAACAAUAUUCUGCUCCGUGGACAUGUCAUUCGUAAUACAAAAUGGGCAAUCGCUGUUGUCUUGUUUACUGGCACAGAUACAAAGAUCAUACUUAACUCUGGUGACACGCCUAGUAAAAGAAGUCAGAUUGAUACUGAAAUGAAUAAAGAGAUCUUUGUUGCAUUCAUUGUGUUAUUUACUUUAUGCUUAGUGUGUGCAAUUAUGGCUGGAGUUGUCAGAGCAAGAGAUAUGGGCAAUAGCGCAAGCUUGCUAUUUACAGCACAAUCUGGAAGUCCGGGAUACGUUGGCUUCUUAAACUUUUGGUCAAGUCUUAUUAUCUUUCAAAAUAUCAUACCCAUCUCUUUAUAUGUCUCUAUCGAAUUUGUAAAGACAUUUCAGGCUUAUUUCAUAUGGAAUGAUCUGGACAUGUGGGAUGAACACUCUAAAUCCCCAUGUAUACCCAAGACUUGGACUUUAUCUGACGAUUUGGGUCAAGUCGAAUACAUAUUUUCUGACAAAACCGGGACCUUGACGCGUAACAUUAUGGAGUUUAGAGAAUGUACAAUAGGAGGCGUCAGAUAUGGAGAUAAUGGAUUUUCACCAGAGUCAGAAGGAGCACGCGGCGCUCGUCUUCGCAAAGAAAAGCAAAAUGUACAGACUGCUUCAUAUGAAGAAGGUCAGUCUAGUUAUAUAUCUGCUGGUCGAGAUGAUGACGGAUCUCCACCAUUAAUCAACACUGAUCAGGAUCCUCUACAGGAUGGUGAUGAAAAGAAGGCCAAUGAGGAGCAUAGUACGAGGAAACAGAAAAUAUUUGAAGAGUAUGAGCAGAUUUUGAAAGGCGUAUUUAAACCAACCUAUUCAUCAUUGGAUCCCGACCGAUUAUCUUUUGCAGAUCCUCAGCUAUUUAAAGAUAUAAAAAACCCAGACAUAACAGGAAGGCUAGAGGCUGAUGAUAAAGAAACAGAGCAAUCCAAUAGGAUCAAAGAGUUCUUUAUGCUACUUGCUCUCUGUCAUACAGUCGUCAUUGAAAAAAUUGGUAAAGAUGGGAAAGUGAUUGAGGAAGAAGAUGACGUUGAUGAAGAGGAAGAAACAAAAGCACAACCUACAAUCAUCGGUAAGAAUCUUGAAGAGAAUGCUGAUCAUGAUAAAGCGCAAGCGGGUGCUUCCCAAAACAUCGAAAAGCAAACCCUCGGCUCUAGUCUUCGGACCAGUGGAAGCAAGUUACUCAAUGCGACUGGCCUUCGUAGCUUAAAAAAAUCAAGAAGGAGGCAUAGACCAAGAAAGAGCAGAGGAGAAGAGUUUGACUCUAUCACCGAAAAAGAUACUCCAGAUAGAGUAGACGACACAGUUGAAGUCCAGAUAGAAUACAAGGCAGAAUCACCAGAUGAAGCAGCCUUAGUAAACGCUGCUAAAAAUGCUGGAUUUGCAUUCGUCAACCGUAAAGGGAAAAUGCUGACAGUCGAUAUAUUAGGACAAGAGUACACAUUUGAGCUCUUGGACGUCUUGGGCUUCACUUCCGACCGUAAAAGGAUGAGUGUUAUACUUAAGAGACCAGAGCCGUGGAAUGAUAUUAUACUGUAUUGUAAAGGUGCAGAUAAUGUCAUUACAGAGCGACUUGACCAUGACAGCAAGCAGCAAACUAUCCUUGACAAAACUCAUAAAGACGUAGACACUUUUUCAGAAAAUGGUCUUAGAACGCUUAUGCUUGCCUAUCGUAACAUCGACUCUGAAGAAUACGAGAGCUGGAAAAAGGAGAUAGAUGAGGCUAGUACAGCAACAGAAGGUCGAGCAGAAAAAGUAGCUCAAGUACAAGAAAAGAUUGAAGUCAAUUUGAAACUCUUGGGCGCGACAGGUAUUGAAGAUAAACUGCAAGAGGGUGUUCCAAAGUGCAUCGAGGAUCUUCGCAAGGCUGGAAUAAAGAUUUGGGUACUUACAGGCGAUAAACUCGAAACAGCAAUCAAUAUUGGAUAUGCUAGUAAUCUGCUAGAUAGUGAAAUGCAACUAUGGACAGUCCGCGGCAGCGAAAAUGCGAAUGAGAUCAUCAAGAAUCUUGGUGAUAUAUCUGAAAAGCUUGAUAAAAUUGAAAACGAGCAAGGUAGCGAUGCACCCGAGGAUGCUCUGGUCAUUGAAGGCGCUGCAUUAGCUCAUGUAUUCGGGGACCAUGAGGCACGUCAAAAGUUGCUGGAUAUUGCUGUUCGUUGCAAGAGUGUCAUCUGUUGUCGUGUGAGUCCGCUUCAGAAAGCUCAGGUUGUUGAAUUGGUUCGAAAGUCGCAUAACGUAGUUACUCUGGCCAUUGGGGAUGGUGCAAACGAUGUCAGUAUGAUUCAGGUGGCUAAUGUUGGCGUAGGCAUCGCUGGUCAAGAAGGUGUCCAAGCUGCUAUGGCUGCUGAUUAUUCAAUAUGUCAGUUCAGAUUCCUUCACAAGCUCCUCCUUGUACAGGGACACUGGAGCUAUGUACGUAUUUCAGAAAUGAUUUUGAACUUUUUCUUCAAAAAUGUCUUUUGGGUCUUUCCUUCAUUAUGGUAUCAAAUCUAUAGCUCAUGGUCAGGCAAUAUUUUUUAUGAUUAUUCCUUUUUGCAACUUUAUAAUAUCAUUUUCACACUGGCGCCUAUUGUUGUCCUUGGUGCUACUGAUCAAGAUAUAACUGCUCCUUAUUUGAAGCAUCUUCCUCAAGUGUACACGAUUGGUAUUGAAAGAAAAUUAUAUACACGAUUUAGGUUUUGGCUCUACUUUGCUGACGGUAUCUGGCAAUCUCUUGUCGUCUUUUAUUCAUUUUACUUUUUAUACGAGACGAAUCCAAACGCGAACGGUGAGCCUGAGUCCAACCUACAGUUUUCGACGUCUGUUGCAGUAACAGCGAUUGUGCUAGCUAACCUAGUCCCUGGGUUCAACACAUGGUAUUGGACUUGGUUGCAGGUUGUGUUUGUAACUAUCGAACUCUUGGUCGCCUUCCUAUGGGUGGUCAUCUAUGGCUCUUUUCCUUCAGUUUCUCUUUAUGGGAUGGCACAGAUGGUAUUUGGCUCUUGGUCCUUUUGGAUGACAUUUAUCAUUGCCUUCACUCUAGCCUUCUUACCACGAUAUACAAUUACAUUUGUUUAUCAGUGGUGGUAUCCAAACGUUGUGGCUAAAGGCAGACAGUUUGAGCUGUAUGAAAAAAGGUUGAAAAGAGCAAAAAAGGACUCUAAAAUCUCUUCUAAACGUAUUCACCUUCCGUUUCGGUGGCAAAGAAGAUAAUAGAAAGUAAAAUAGUGUAAUUAUACUUUAAUAGGAUUCAUGUACAAACUAACUAGAAGAUUAAUGAAUAAA